AUGGCACCAACCGACGACCUCAAAGGACACGCAGCCUCCUCCCAGGACUUCUACGCCCUCCUCGACAUAUCCCCGGUGGCCUCUGAAAGCGAAAUCCGGCGCGCAUACCGACGCGCUGCGCUGAAAUACCAUCCUGACAAAAUCUCCAACCCGACACCCGUCGACAUUGACAAAUUCCACUUACUACAAAUCGCAAAUGAUGUGUUAUCGGAUCCGGAUGUACGGCAGUUGUAUGAUAAUGCGCGUGAGGCGCGGGAGCGUAAGAAGCGGGAGACGCAGAUGAUGGAUGCGGCGAAGAGGAAGAUGAAAGAAGAUUUAGAGGCGAGAGAGAGGGCGGGGGAUGCUGCUGCUGCUGCUGGGCAGAGGGGGAUGAAGCGGGGGUGGAUGGCGACGACUGAUAAUGACGCAGAGGAGAAGUUGGAGAGGGAGAUUCAGCGUAUUGCAGAGGAUACUCGGCGGCGACGGCGAGAGGCCGAAGAGAAACUGAUGAGGGAGGAAGAAGAGGAACAGCAACAGGAACAGCAGCAACAAGAAAAACAAGAACAGGAUAAGGCCAGUCAGUAUGUGGACCGGUCCAAGGAAGGUGGCACAAACGUGCCAGAGCUGGAGAGGGCCGUCAAAGUGCGCUGGAUCCGCGAAGGGCUGGGAGUCGACCUGGACAAGGACCACUUGAUGUCGCUAUUUGUGUCAUUUGGCAAGGUAGAAAAUGCGUUCAUGCUAAAAGACAAGCGGCAGCGAGUGGGCGACAAACGCGAAAAGAAGAUGGUUGCCACCGGAGUCGUGGUUUUUUCUUCGAUUGUGAGCGCCCACGCGGCGGUGCUAGACAGCGAGAAGAAACGAAAGACAGGCGAGGGGUACUGGGCGAUUGUCGAGUCUGUGUUUUGGGCAUCUGGAAACGAACCCAGUAUUGAAUCGGAUCGUCAACCUACAACAUCAAAUUCAGCUACAGACACAGCUAAAACAACAGAUGCUACUACGAAGCCCUCAAUCUCAAAACCCCGGCCCUCGUUCAAUUUCGCCAGUUUGAAAGAGCGGGGCACGCCGUCGAAGAGUGGUGGAGGAAAACCCUCUUUCGGGUCUUUCUCGUCGGCCAAUGUGAAAAAGGAAGCACGACCUUUAGUCUCUGGCGACAAACCAGGUUUGACAACGGCGAGUCUGCAAGAGGUCACGCUGAUGCGGUUGAAGAAUGCACAGCGGGAAAAGGAGCGCAAAGCGCUGGAAGAGGACCUUUGUCGAGAGGAUGAAGCCGCGGAUGCGGCGGCAUGA